CCCUUUGUAAAAGAAGGUAGUCGGGACAAGAAUUAGACAACAAAGUCUAACAACACAUUACUUUGAAUAUAUGAGAUUUUUCGAUUACAUGUCAUUAUCAUUAUCCCAUCUUCCCAUCCUCGGAAGUUCUCAGAAGUCUUGCCAUGUCAUUCCUUCUCAACUACGCUUUUGGACAACAACCCGCUCCAAAGCGCAUACCAACGGAUACAGUCAUACCGCUGAAUAGCCGGGAUGAUAGAAGUGAGCACAGAAACAUUGUGGUAGAGCUCACUAUGUGCUUCGACGAUGUUCUCGAUGCCCAAAAACUCGCUGAUGCACUUUGGAAAUUGCUCGAGAAGCCUCGUUGGAAAAAGGUGGGAGCACGAAUACGCUUGAACAACAAAACUGGGCGACUUGAGAAUCAUAUUCCGGCACAGUAUACAAAGGAUCGGCCACCAAUUGAUUAUACUCAAAAGACGUAUGAUAUGAAACUACAGGAACAUGCCGUCUGGAGCAGAUUCCCCAGUGUCGAAGACAAUGAUCGUAUACAAUCAUUUGAAACCUUACCUGUGACGACUGAGCUUACACCGUCGGAGAGCGGUCCAAAAGUGCUUGAAUAUUGGACUCAUAGCGAUAAGGCACAGUUGGGGUUGGACAUAGCCAAUUUCCAAAAUGCGACAUUGGUCACGGUGACGUGGCUGCAUACACUAAUGGAUGCCUUGGGACUCCAUACACUAUUGCAGGCAUGGAUCGCGGUCCUGGAAGGAAGGGAUGAAGACGUGCCAGAACUCUGGGACUACGAUAUUGACUAUUUAGAGGAGCUUGGAACGCUUUCAAAUGAAGAAGACGAAAAGAAACAGCAUUCGGUCUGGACGGCAGCACUAAGUCUGAAGGACUGGAUAUCGAGGCUACCGAGGUUACCGAGCUUCAAGCUCAUCCUUGCUGUCCUUCACUGGCGCAUAUUCCAGACCCCCAAGCCACAAUGCGACCGCAAAAUAUACAUACCAGCGUCCUCCAUGGCCCGACUACGCAAUGAAGCAAUGAGUGACCUCGCCUCACUCGACCCUUUACAAAUAACCUACAACACCUCUGCUCCUUCCAACACCACACCGUUCCUCUCCGAUGGCGACAUCAUCACCGCAUGGCUAAUCCGGCACCUUGUAACCUCCGACCUCGAACUCCCCAAGCACCCUCCCACCCGCCCGAUCUUGUUUCUCAACGUCCUCGAAAUGCGCGACGUACUAGGCGAAGCCACGGAAAAAUACAAAGUCCUGAUCCCCAAAAGCACAGCAUACGUUGGAAACGCCACCGCCGGCCUCUACACCCACUUUACGCUAAAACACUUUCUCGGGCUCCCCCUCGGCCACAUAGCCGCCAAACUCCGCAAAAGCAUCGUCGACCAGGGCAAUCGCGAGGCGCUCGAAGCAUCGCACCGCGACCAGCGCCUCGGUCACUACGACCACGUGCUCCCGCCUGGUACGACGAUGAUUCCCAAGAUAAUCAUCAUGAGCAACUGGAACAAAGCGAGAUUUUUCGAAACAGACUUUUCGGCUGCCCUUGUUCCUGGAAAGAGCGAGACGAGCAAUCGAGGAGGAAGGAGGGGGAGGCCGACGUAUUAUCAUACCAAUGGGAUAUUUAGGCGCCAGAGCGACUGGGUGUCUUUGGCGCACAUGACGAAUUUGGUGGGGAGGGAUGCGAAGGGUGGGUAUUGGGUUACUGCGUCGAUGCCGAAGGAGUCGAAAGAGAGGUUUAUGAAGAGUAUUGUGGAUGGUUGAAGGGAAUGUGGGAAUGAGUUUGGGUGUAGUGUGGGGUGGAUGAGAUGUCUUAUAUCAGGUCAGGUGAUGCUGGGAAAACAUAGAAUACAUUUCGUGAUGCAAUGGUUUUUUGUUGGUGUUUUGUAUGAAGCAGAGGAAACCGAAAUGUAUCGAUCUAUUGUGCCGGGUCAAGCUCUCGCACAGUCGCCCCAUCGAUGCAGAAUAAGACUUUUUCAACUCUCGGCGAAGCUUCUUUGUUCUCUUUCCAUUCUUGAAGCCAGAUUUGGACGUAUUCCUGCACAUCCUUCAAAAAAUAUUUUGCUCUCUCGACGUUGGCGGGGUAAAGUUGUUUGAAGUAGAGAUGGGCGAGGCCAUCGAUUAUUCUCA